UAAUCCAACAAAACCCUCAGUUUGUGGCUGAAAUUAACUGCGAAGUGAAGUUCGCCUGUGAAAAAUGUUCGUGUGGGCAGUUCAGUGUGCGCGUGUACUUUUACAAAUCUAGAUAUUACUCAUUUGAAAACGGUGUUCAUCAAUAAAAAGUUGCCAGAUCUGAAGUAAGUUCCUACUUGAUGGUGAAUUUUUCCGCAACAAAAAGUCAACAUGUCAAAUGAUACAUUAAAUUGUGGAUUUAUGGAAUACUACGAUUACAAUAUAAGUGGCUACGUGAACAUUACAAUAUGUUCCACUGGAGCGAUUCUCAAUCUAUUCAACAUACUCGUAUUUACCAAGAAACAUAUGAUUUCAUCGGCCAAUCUGAUAUUCACACAUUUAGCCCUUGUUGAUUUAUUGAUUUUGUUGUCUUGCAUUCCAUAUUCAUGGAUAAACUUUUUUCAAUACACCCACGAAGAUUAUGAAAACUUGACGCACACUCGAGCGCUAAUUUAUUUAUUUCUUGUAAACAUUGGACACACUUUGAGCUACACGUCAGUAUUCCUUACGCUGAUGUUGGCUAUGUGGAGAUACAUCGCAAUAGUACACCCAUUGAAAGAACGUUAUUGGUGCAACAUGAAGACGACACGUAAUAUGAUCAUAGCCAGUUACAUUAUUAGUAUUUUGCUCAGUACACCGACAUAUUAUUCCGACGAUAUCGUGAUAUCUUACACCGAUGAUGAACUACCUUAUUAUGAAACCGAUUACAAAGAAGACUCUUGGACUCUUAUCAACAUAUCAUUUCUGAUGAAAGCAGUGUUACAACAGUUAUUGCCAUCAAUUGUGCUGCCAAUAUUUAGUUUCAGAAUGAUCGCUGCGUUGAAAACAAAAACACCAGAACAACUGACUUCGUCUUCAAACGCCCGAAAUAACACCAGAAACCUCAAGAGGAAACAACAAACUGAUCGGUCGAUAGCCAUAACGUUGAUAGUUAUGGCGUUAUUUUUAGCCGUGCAAAUUCGUCCAGGAAUAUAUAAUUUAAUUUCGAUCAUAACAGGCCUUAAUGAGAUGUUGGAUUAUGAUCGAUUUGAAUGUUUCCACACGUAUGUCUUGGUACUGUUAAACGUAACCUUAAAUUAUAUCAGUAUGUCGGUCACAUUUGUAGUAUACUAUACCAUGAGUCAAAAUUUUAGAGCCACAUUUCAAUCACUUUUCUGCAAACGACGUAUUUUUUCUCAAACAACAGUAUUUUCUUCGGUUACGAGAAGAACUGAUACAUGCUUAGAAUUAGAUCAAGUUCAAUGAGUGCAAUUUUUUAUGAAGGAAGCUUACUUACAACCCAAAAUCGAUCUCAUAAAGCAAAACAUAUAAGUAUAAAAAGAUAAUACAUUUCAUCAGCUUACAUCAUAUCCUCUCCCUUGUCAGAAUCGCAUGCCGGAAUUAGCACGAGAUAAUGGACAUUCAUUUUGAUCUUAUCUAAUAUGUACUUAAUUACGUACUCGAUCUAUACAAUUCUAAUGUCAAACUAAUAGGUACCUACUGUGUCAUAAAUAAAAACAUUUUAUGGAAUUUAUAUUAUCAAAA